AUGUCUAAUAUUUUCAAACGUGAAUUUAGUGCCCUAGAAAUAUUGGACAAAACUUAUAUGUCCUCAGCACUGGAUGCUGAAAUACAUUUGAAUGCGGUGGGUUUGGCAGACACCAUCAAAAACGAUAAUAAGGUAUCAAAUCAAGAUAAGGCCAAGGCCAUGAUAUUUCUUCGUCAUCAUCUUGACGAAGGUUUAAAAAUGGAAUACCUUACGAUUAAGGAUUCCCUUAUGUUGCAAAACAAUUUAAAAGAAAUAUACGACCACUUGAAGAUGCCUAUCCAUCCACAAGUUUGUUAUGAAUGGACCCAUUUGAGGUUGCAAGAUUUUAAAAAUAUAACUGAUUAUAAUUCUGCGAUGUUUAGAAUUAAAUUGCAAUUUAAUUUAUGCAGGAAAGAUAUCACAGAUCAUGACAUAUUAGAAAAAACAUUCUCUAUUGUUCCUGCCACGAGUAUGCUCUUGCAGCAGCAGUACCGAGAAAUGGAAUUUAAAAAAUAUUCUAAAUUGAUUUCUCAUCUUCUUAUUGAUAAACAACAUAAUGAUCUUUUCAUGAGAAACCUACUGGUACUACUCCAUGAAGUGAAUGCUGCAAAUUUUUAUCCAACCAAACGUGAAAGAAGUCCUGACCCCAGUCUUAGUCGUAGUCGCGGUCGUGGUCGUGAUCAUGGUCGUGAUCGUGGUCGAGGUCGUGAUUGUGGAAGGUAUUUUAAUCAGGGUGAUCUCCUUGUAAUAAAUAAUAACCCUCAGCACCAGCAUUGUAAAAAGAAGGGUGAAGCUCCUGAAGCAGCGUCAAGGACAAAAUCUGAAAGUAAAUGUUAUCGAUGUGGAGGAAAGGGGCACUGGUUGCGUACCUAUCGUAGCCUAAGCAUCUGGUGA